AUGGCACAUGAUGUUAAGAAUCAUCGUACAUUUUUAAAGCGGACCAAAUAUGAUGACCUGCGCUUGGAAGAUUUAUUUAUAGGCAACAAAGUGAAUAUCUUUUCUCGACAACUGGUACUAAUUGACUAUGGGGAUCAGUAUACUGCUCGCCAUCUGGGCAGUAGGAAAGAAAAAACAUUAGCCUUGAUUAAACCAGACGCAGUAUCAAAGGCUGGAGAAAUAAUCGAAAUAAUAAACAAAGCUGGGUUUACUAUAACAAAACUCAAAAUGAUGAUGCUUUCAAGGAAAGAUGCCACAGAUUUUCAUGUGGAUCAUCAAUCAAAACCCUUUUUUAAUGAACUGAUCCAAUUUAUUACAAGUGGCCCUGUUAUUGCCAUGGAGAUUUUAGGAGAUGAGGCUAUAUGUGAGUGGAAAAGAUUGCUUGGACCUGCAAACUCUGGAAUGGCACGUUCAGAGGCUCCUGGAAGCAUCAGAGCCCUGUUUGGAACAGAUGGCAUAAGAAAUGCAGCCCAUGGUCCUGAUUCUUUUGCUUCUGCUGCCAGAGAAAUGGAGUUGUUCUUUCCUUCAAGUGGAGGUUGUGGGCCAGCCAACACAGCCAAAUUUACAGAUUGCACCUGUUGCAUUAUUAAGCCCCAUGCUAUCAAUGAAGGACUGCUGGGAAAAAUCCUCAUGGCUGUUCGAGAUGCAGGUUUUGCUGUCUCGGCUAUGCAGAUGUUUAACAUGGAUCGGAUUAAUGUUGAAGAGUUUUAUGAAGUUUAUAAAGGAGUAGUGAGUGAGUAUAAUGAGAUGGUAACAGAAAUGUAUUCUGGCCCCUGUGUAGCAAUGGAGAUUCAACAACAUAAUUCUCCAAAGACAUUUCGAGAAUUCUGUGGCCCUGCUGAUCCUGAAAUUGCCCGGCACUUACGUGCUGGAACCCUUAGAGCAGUCUUCGGUAAAACUAAGAUCCAGAAUGCUGUCCACUGUACUGAUCUACCUGAGGAUGGCCUAUUAGAGGUUCAGUAUUUCUUCAAGAUCUUGGAUAAUUAGCAGAGCGAACAGAGGACAGCACAGACUGACACGUCUAGACACGAGACAGUCACGCACAUGAGGAAUGUGUUCAUUCUUUUAUUGUCCAUUGUUUUAACCCGACUGAAUACAAGAUCAACAAGAGCACUGUACUCCUGGCAAUUAUUACAUAUGUUAGAACAUGGAUUUUGCACUUUAGACAACAUGUAACACCAGUCUAUGGGGUACUGCAUUGCUUUUUAUAAAGUUCAAAAUAAAGAUUUAUUUUCAAACAA